AAAUACUAUAGUUAAAGAAUUAUUUGAAAGGCGUUGGGAAGCUUUGAAGUUAAAAUAUACUUCAGCAAGUGUGAAUAGUACACAAUGUGUAGAAAAUCUGAAUCAUAAAAUUUAUAGCUAUGUGGGAUCUAAUUCGUUACUUUUAGAAUUAGUUAAAGAAAUUCAAGAUAUAUUUAACAAAGAAUCAAAUUAUAUGAGGAUAGAAAAAUAUAAAAGUGAAAUUUCUAAAGUCAGGCUUGCAACAGUGCCUAGAACAUAUUUUAAUUUAAUUGAACCAAUUAUUUCACAAUAUCUUAUACCAACAAUGGUUUUUAAACAAGAAAAAUCAUCUCGAGAUAAAACAUUACAAGAUAAAUUACUACAAGAUAAAUUACCACAAGAUGAAUUACUACAAGAUGAAUUAUCACAAGAUGAAUUACAGAAAAAUGAUGAAUUUAAUAUUGGAAAUCUAAUAAUUACAGUUCGAAGAGAAAGGCCUCCAGGAAGAGCAAAAAGCACUAUUGAAAUUUAG